GUCCAAACCAAAGAAAGUCUGAUUUCAUCUGACUGGAUUAAGGAUCUGACCUUGUUAGGAUGAAGGAUUUUUAAAAGGAAAAGUUUUCAAUCGAAGCGCCACUUUCCCCACUUCUUGGAUUCAUCUUCAAAUGACAUGGGUGUGAUUUUAGAUCCCCUCCAUCUAUGUAGGCAUCAUUAGCUCUCCAUCAUCUUACUCUUGUCACCAUCUGUCCACGCAAAGGAAUAUGGCAAAAAAUGUAACCGACGUCCCGAGGGAGGAUUUAAGCAAAAUCUCAGAUGAAGAACUCCUCCGACUCAGCAAAGAUGAGCUGGUUCGAAAGCUCCGCCGAGUCGAGAGCGAAAAGAUCAGCCUCAUGGUGGAGCACGGGAACAUGAUGCGGGACGUGAACCGUAGGCUCCAGGUGCACCUGCACGAGAUCCGGACUUUGAAAGAAGUCAACCAGAAGCUCCAGGACGACAACCAGGAGCUCAGGGAGCUGUGCUGCUUUCUGGAUGACGACCGGCAAAAGGGCAAAAAGCUGUCGCGGGAGUGGCAGCGCUUUGGCAGGUACACGGCCGGCGUGGUCUGGAAAGAGGUUGGAUUCUAUCAGCAGAAACUAAAGGAGCUGGAGGUCAACCAGGAGGCCAUCAUGCACGAGAACAUGGAGUUAAAGGAGAUCAUUGUGAUGCUGGAGGAGGAGAGGAACGGUGCCGGGUCGAGGAGCUCAAUAGACAGCCAGUCCAGCUUGACCAACCUUAACGGAGGCACGAACAACGUGAGGGACGUUGGGGACGGAAGCAGUACGUCCAGUACGGGGAGCGCUGGAAGCCCGGACCACCAUCAUGGUCAUGGGCACAAACCUGUCGAGGGCAAGAUGGCAGUAGUUCGAAGAUCUAUGGAUGAUCUGUCGACUAACCACCUCCACAGGAGCAUACCGAACGGACUAAACGACUCCUCGAAUUACAUCCGUCAGCUGGAGACGAAAGUCCGGAUUUUAGAAGAUGAAAACAAGCAGGUAUUUUCACAGGGGAAUGUCAGUGAUUUGAAGGCAUUGAAGAAAGGCCUGUCGUUGUAUCACUCCGAGUCGCAGCUCUCUGCGCUUUCCAAGCAACAAGACACCUUACAGAACGGCACUGCUCGACUCCCAGCUGGAGAUCUGCCCUCGCCCAUCACCCCCUACAUAACGUCCGCUCAGAAACCAGAGGCUCUGGUUCAUGCUAUGAAGGUAUUGGAGGUCCACGAGAACCUGGACAGACAGAUUCCCGAGGACUACGAGGAGGAUCUCAGUGAGAAAGAGAAAGCUAUCGUGAGGGAAAUGUGUAAUGUGGUGUGGCGGAAGCUCGGCGACGCGGCGGGCUCCAAGCCGUCCAUCCGCCAGCAACUCUCCGGAAACCAGUUUAAACCCCCGAUGUAGCCCCUGGUCUCGAUCAGCACACGCCAGCACGCCGGUCUGCCCAGAACCAGCACAGCUUCAGAAAGCAAUCACCUGCACUCCUAAAUAAAGCUCAGUGCCGACAGACGUUAGGGUCAUGACUUUAACACGCUGCAUUUUGUUUUGUCCACUUACAGGGAUUUAAGGCAGCUAGUGAUAUCCAUCCAUAAAGCGUGUUCUCUGAAUAAACCAUCAGGAAGGAUGGAUACAAAAUGAGAUGUAGUGCUCUCUCGCUCUGUUCCUUUUUUCUCCAUAGAAUAUUCCACAAGUUCUCUCACACUCCAGGAUUGCUUUUUAUCUGCAUUUAUUUUUAACGUGUUUUCCCAAGAUCUAAACACUCAGUGUUGGGAGGAAACCAGUCAGUGUUUUGUUAAACUCAAACAUAAUCUCAACUCAAACAGACAGAUCAUGGACAAUUAUUUCAAUAAUUGACGGACCGAUGAUCUCUACUCCGUCUCGCACUAUAGUGUCAUGUCUGAUGUUCUGUUUUAGACCGGUUUGACAAUCGUUCGUAAAUGAUGAUCUGUUUAAGAUUACACUAGAGUUAUACAUACUGUACUUGCGCAGUUAGUCCCUUUAACACCGGGUACGCUGGAUUAGCACAAGUUAAUUUUUUUAGUCUUGUGUAGUUAUGAAGACGUCUGGUCCCAAGUUCUUAACGUUCCAAAGUCUUAAUGGUGUCUUAAAACAGCUAGUUGAUGUGUUUGCGCUCUUAGACUAGCCGUACGUUUACACCAACAAAUGACAGAAUGUGUCGAAGUUCAAGAGGUAUCUUCAAACCAUUCUUGCGACGUUUUUUUGUAACCACUUGGAAGGAAGUAAAACAUCAGCGUCUCUGAUGGAUGUGCAGCUAGCAUGCAACGUCAAUCAAGCAGCCAGUUUUCGGGCCGUUAUUAUAUUUGUGUGAAUCGAGUAAGCUUUAGAAGCUAAAUAUAUACGCAUAUAAUAAAACACCUACUGUUUCGGAUGGGAACAAAACAGGCCACGCCCACAAGAGUGAGACGUAAUGCUAGCGUGAAUGUCAAGUCAGGACCAGCUAAUAUUCUGUCGUGGGAGUAAAUGACGUGAGAAAUUGACGGGUCUUGUGUAAACCAGGAGGUUUGUGCUGUUUAAAGGUGCGGUUUGUAAUCUGAGUUCCUAUCUAGAAAAAAGAAAAAAAGAAAAAAUUUUAUUUGAAAUAGAAAAAUAUUGAUUCAUUUUGGAUCUUUAAAGUUUUUUAUUCCUAAUUAUAGAUUUUAAUUUACACAUUUCUGGCCUGAGACAGACUCCACCCCUCUAACUUGAUACUGGCUGAUUUUCUGUCGAAAGGAAACAGAUUGAGGAUGUUCGUGGCUUCUCCUAAGAAUGCGUGUUAAAUGUAAAACUUUGGCGUCAGGAUUUAAAAAAUGACAAACCGCACCUUUAAGCUUAAAUAAAAGACGCUUGCUGCAUCCAUGCGAAGCUCUAACCACCCGAAACGUCUCCGUGACAUUUAUCCCUGGCUAGAUUUUUUUCUCUCUGAGGAAGAUAGCGAUUGACGUGUGAAGGUUUCAUUUCCGGCAGCUCAGGAAAUUUUGCUUGUGGAAAGGGCGAGUGUGGCGACAUGAAUCAGAACGCCUGGUGGUCAUGUGACUGACAUUACCUCCGUCGAAAUUUCAGAUGUGAAAUAAAAUCUCUUUAAUGGCUGAUAUUUAUAAUUUCCGAUAUACAGUAAAAAAAGGAUUUGUUCACUCAAAGCUUUAAACGAUUGCCUGUAAAUUUGCAAUAAUGUAUACAUUAGGUAUAAAAGCUAAAAAAAAAUAAUAAAUUGAGAGCGUGCGUAAUGAUCAAUUAAGUCGUAAUCAACUUUCAGGUGAUGCAGCCAUAACGCUGAGGUUGAUUAUUUUCCCAUAACAGCGCAUCCAGUGUUUUAUUUCUCUUCAAGUAUUUUUUUUUUUUUACAAGUUGCACUUUUUCAGUUCUCACUCACGUUACAGCAGACUCAGUACAAACUUGCUAACACUGGAGACUCCUUCCUUAAAUCUUAUCCAUGUCUCCUUACAGAAACCCUAUCACAGCAACAAUUAGACUUUUUUUUUGUUUUGUGGUAAUUCAUGCCUCAGAUCCAAAUCUCUCAGUAAGUGGUUUCUACAGAAUCAAUGUGCAUCAUCACCUUUUAACCAAUCAGAAUCCAGAAUUUAUCAGCGCCUAUCGGAUAGGUUUAUCGUUAUCUGUAAUGACUUUUGGCUGGAUGUGCAGUUCUCCCAGAAUUCUGUGUUCGAAGCCCAGAGGAAAGGGUUUGACGUGAACGAGUCGGACGUUUCUGGAACAUCAGCAGCUUUCUGGUUUACACACACACACUCAUGCAGUAAGUACACAUGGGGAGGACAAAAAAGGCGAGAAAACAAGAGCCGUGCUCUCAACUGAAGUUCAGUCAUUUUAAGAAGCCAUAUUUUUUUCCCCUUAUUU